CUGUCUUGCUUAAGCUAAUCUGCAUAAGGGGCGUGUCCGUGUCUCGGUGCGCUCCGUGUGUGUGUCUUCUCUUCCUAUUGAGUCCCCAGGCGGCUGAUCUCUUCCGUGUUGGUUGGAAUUUAUUGCUAAACACCCCAAGGAUGACUUGAUUGAGCAACACGCUGAGCAGAGCAGUUGGGAAACUAUUCUUUGUCAUUUUCAGGUUGCAGCUAUUAUCCACAACCUUUUUAGUGAUGAUACAGAAGUGGGAAAUAUGGAUAAAAGCCAAGCAGAUCAGCUUAACAGAGCAUACGAAGCAUAUCGUCAAGCAUGUAUGGAUAAAGAGCGCUUCAAAAAAGAACUGCAGCAAAAGAAAGAGUUUUACGAACAACAAUCUCGGGAGCACAAAAAACAGAUAGAAGGCCUAAAAAAUCAUGUCUUUCAGUUGACCUCACAACUCACAGCAUUGAAUGCAGCAGGUGUCCACAAGUUACCGCAGUCACCUAAACUAGAGAAUAAAGAUAGUUGGAAAAGUGACCCCACGUCUAAUUUGUCUCUGGAACAACUUGAACAACAGCUAAGAGCGAUUACGCAGCGAGAAAAGCAUUACAAGGAGCAGCUUGACUCAGAUAAGCUCCAGUUUCUGGAAAUGAAAGAUGAACGGGACAAGCUAAUAUCUGCCCUUUCCAGUAAAAAUGAAGAAGUUCAGCAUUUAAAAACUCGCUUAAAAGAGGCCAACGAGAGGCGAGAGAGGCAAGAUUCCAGAACAGUCCAUGGGCAUGAAGCGGAGAUGAGAAAUAAAAACAUGAUUCCAGACGUUUCUGCUGCUCCUGUCGCCAGUGAAAAUGAAAGGCAAAGCAUUGAGCGGGUUUUCUCUGAUGUAAAAGAACAAUUUAGCCGGAUUUGCAAGUUAACUAGAAAACAAAGCCGCCUUCUGAAGGGAGAAAUCGCAUCUGAUCCCACCUUAGAAUUUUCCAUGCCUAUCCAAUGCACAGAUGAAGACAGUAAGGAAACUGAGAUACUGCCGAAGCCAGUUAUGACAAUGGGCCUAUCACACUUUGCUCCCAUCACACCACGAGGAUUGACGCCAGAUGACGACCUGACCGUCUCUGUAGAAUCCCUCUCAAACUUGAGCAUCAAGUUCCCACCAAGCACGGACAAUUCUGAAUUUUUACAGAGUUCUACGGAAGGGCCGCCAGUUCUCCCUGUUGCACUGGAACAAAAUACAAAUUCUAGCAAAAUCCAGGUGGAAGCUCCCCCCAAGCUUAGGAAGUUCAGCACAGCAGUGAGCAGUCCGCCAUAUUCACCUCGCUCACCGAGAACUGUAUGCCACAUGGACAAUGUCAAGGUUGAUGAACUAGGACCUAACUACAAGGACACCUUUGUGGGAGGAGCUGAAGAUAGCAGUCUUUUCCUAGCAGCCAACAGUCCAUCUGGGAAAUAUACAAUUGCCUUCCAUAUGCCAGAUAUUCCAAAUUUGGAUGGAUCUAUAGAAGUAGCAGAAAGAACAGUCCGAGGACCUCAGCAGCCUGUGUGGAAGCCAUCUUCACAUCAAGACGACGACCCAUCAAUAGCAGUUGGUGAGAAGUGGGAUCGGGAUAGUUCGGACAUAUGCGAAUUCUGCCAAGCUGUUUUCCCUCCAUCUUCAAGAGCUAAAGCAGAAUUUCUUAGGCAUCUAAAUUCACACUUUCAAAAAAUAAUUUAAAGACACUUUGUUGUCCACGCUGUUUUUAUUUAGUA